CAAUCACUCAACAUUUAUUGCGCGCUUAUUGUAUGCUAAGAUCCGUGUUAGGCCCUAGAGGUCAAAAAACGAAUGAGAACAAGUUCUGUGUUUCAAAUGAGUGGGAUGGAUAAUACAAAGAUAAACACGUAAGGUCAGGUUGUGUUAUAAAAAAAAAAGUAGGCAGAGUAAGAGCAUGUUGGGAGCUAUUUUAGACGAAAUGGUCAGAGAAUAGCAACUAUUUCUGAACUUUACACAGAGCCUAAUUUGUGACUUUUCCACUUUCUCUGAGAGGUAAUAAGGAAAUUUUGAACUUAUAAAACUUUACUAAAGCUCCAGAUUAAUAAUCUAAACUCAACGAGGGUAGUAGAGCAACCUUUACUUUGAGGUUUUUUUUUUUUAGGAAAAUUGUUAAAUUUCAUUGUGAGAUUAAUCAAUACAUAACAGCUCACAAACGUGGCAUGUCGAUAAGGGGACAACUUAGAAGUUAAGAAAAUGAUGGCCAGCUAAUGACAGCUAUGCAAGAUGGUAAAAAACAGAACAGAGAAAAAAUGGAAGGUUAAAAAGGAAAAUGCAGCAGGACAAGCCAGAGGAACCGUGGGUGUGAGGAACAAGUCAUCAAGGCAAUUGGAAAUUUUUGUGGAUAUGAUACUGAUGUCAGGAAACUUUCGGGUGGGGCAAAAACUUGAGUGACAGAUGUUCAAAAACAAUGUGAUUCAUGACCUUAUUUACAGCAGGAAGAAUCAGAGUUCCAGCUAUGCCUAACAGCGACACUGCGGAGCUUAGGAGGAGAACUCCUUAGGGGAUGUAUCAGGUUUAAAACCACAACCCUCAUUUUUCUUAUCUAUGGCUCUUACAUGGGCUGGGAAUUCUGAAACCUGGUAGAGGCGGGGAUCAAAAACCUGGAGGUUAGAAGAUUCCAAGUCAUUCAUUAAAGUCCCGAUGCGGCCGGCCCCCAAGAUCUCAAAAGGAAAUAUUGCCGAGUUCCGUUUCCCAGAGCAUCUAUUUCCUCUCGAGUAUUGCAGAUGUAAUCAUAAACACAAGCCAGUUACAGCCACAACUUCAUGCUCUAACGAGAACCCAGUGGCUCCUGCAAAGUCCUUACGCUGCUAGAAACCCCGCCCCCGUUCGUAACUAUGGGAACGGCUGACACGCUAAGAGCCGGAGAUAACCCUGUUCCGCCCCCUCCCUGACAGAUACUGUUUCCCACUGUCUGUCCACAUGGGCGCACCGCCUCGCUAUUGGCCUGGGCUCCAGGACUGUGCCUGGCCUCAGCCAGUAAACGGCCUGUGCACGUGCACGCCGGAGCCUCCCGAUUGGCCAACACUCUCUGAUCACGCACGGCCUUCCUGCGCCAACCCACGCGUGGGAGCGCCAAUGAAAUGACUCAGUGACCAUCUACAACAAAUCAGCAUGAAGCAGGGCUCGCAGCUGACCAAUGGCCGCCCGCCGGGGGUGGGCUAUGCCGGCCCUUUUCCAGCCCCAACUGGGUUUGUUAAAGCGACAGGCCCCUCGGCGAGCCGGUGCUCCAUCGGGUACCGCACGGCUGCCGCGGCGGCCUCAGCCUGCCGCGAGCGCCUGUGACAGCGGCGCCGCUGUGCUCGCGACCCCGGCUCCGGGCCUCUGCCGACCUCAGGGGCAGGGACGAGUCGCCCGGCGGGAUGGGCGGCGAGGCUGGGUGCGCGGCGGCCGUGGGUGCCGAGGGCCGCGUGAAGAGCCUGGGUCUGGUGUUCGAGGACGAGCGCAAGGGCUGCUACUCCAGCGGCGAGACGGUGGCCGGGCACGUGCUGCUGGAGGCGUCCGAGCCGGUGGCCCUGCGCGCGCUGCGCCUGGAGGCCCAGGGGCGCGCCACCGCCGCCUGGGGCCCGAGCCCCUGCCCCCGCGCCUCGGCCAGCGCCGCGGCCCUGGCUGUCUUCUCGGAGGUGGAGUACCUGAACGUGCGCCUCAGCCUGCGGGAGCCCCCGGCCGGUGAAGGCAUCAUUUUGUUACAGCCUGGAAAACAUGAAUUCCCAUUUCGCUUUCAACUUCCAUCUGAACCUUUGGUCACCUCAUUUACUGGGAAAUAUGGAAGCAUUCAGUACUGUGUGCGGGCAGUGUUGGAACGACCCAAGGUACCUGAUCAGAGUGUAAAGCGGGAACUCCAGGUUGUUAGUCAUGUUGAUGUCAACACACCAGCAUUAUUAACCCCGGUAUUGAAAACUCAAGAGAAAAUGGUUGGCUGUUGGUUUUUCACUUCUGGUCCAGUCUCGCUGAGUGCCAAAAUUGAAAGAAAGGGAUACUGUAAUGGAGAAGCUAUUCCAAUCUAUGCAGAAAUAGAGAAUUGUUCCUCUCGUCUGAUUGUUCCAAAGGCUGCUAUUUUCCAAACGCAGACAUAUUUGGCUAGUGGAAAAACAAAGACCAUUCGACACAUGGUCGCCAAUGUGCGAGGAAACCACAUCGCUUCUGGGAGCACGGACACAUGGAAUGGGAAAACGCUAAAAAUCCCACCUGUUACUCCAUCCAUCCUGGAUUGCUGCAUUAUCAGAGUGGACUAUUCCUUAGCUGUAUAUAUUCACAUUCCUGGUGCUAAAAAACUGAUGCUCGAACUGCCAUUAGUGAUUGGUACAAUUCCAUAUAAUGGUUUUGGCAGCAGAAACUCCAGCAUUGCCAGCCAGUUCAGUAUGGAUAUGAGCUGGUUGACACUGACCCUGCCAGAACAGCCUGAAGCACCACCAAAUUAUGCAGAUGUGGUAUCAGAGGAAGAAUUCUCUAGACACAUUCCUCCUUACCCUCAACCCCCUAACUGUGAGGGAGAAGUGUGCUGUCCUAUGUUUGCCUGUAUACAAGAAUUCCGGUUUCAACCCCCACCUCUUUAUUCAGAGGUUGAUCCACAUCCUAGCGAUGUAGAAGAGACCCAGCCUGUUUCCUUCAUUCUCUGAACAUAUUUCAGAAAUCACUGUGUUCAUCAUCAAAUUAGAAUGUUGGUUCUUUUCCUUCUGCCUUUUUGGGAAAGAGACAGGAAAGAUUCACUUGAAAACAUAAAUGAACAUCAAGACUGAAGGCAAUAGAAAUUAAAGAAUGUGAGAAAUUUCUGGUGGGCUGACAGGAUUGCUGCACAAGUUUAUAUGAUGGUCAUAUAUAUAUAUCCCUGUUAGAAACUGGGAUGAAGAUGUGCAAAGUCACAGAAUGUAAUGGAAGUCCUGAUGGUUAUAGAGUAAGUGCAAGGGUGCCUGCGCUGACCUGAGAGAAAGGAAUCUGUAAACAGUGGAAACACUGUGGGAGUUUCCCAUGGUGUUGUAAAGAGUGGAACGAAGGCAAUAUGAACUGAAGGGGUGAAGACUUGAUUUUGGAGAGGGUAACAAAACAAGGGUGUGCGUGAAUAGGAGAAUGGCCCACUCCAAAUACGAAGUGAGAUCCUGAGGUUUUGGGUGCUUCAUGAUUUCCUACCAUAUUCAGGCCUAAAGACAUUGAAAGUAUCUUUUCUUGAGAUCAUGGUCAUAUGAGGUCCUAAUGAAGUACUACAGUUUUCAUUCUUUCAAGGGUAGACUAAAAUGUAGUUUAUAAAUUGGCAGUACAGUAUUAUGAAACCAAGAAAGGGUUUCUUGAAAAGCUUGUCAGUUCAAAGGGGAAAGAUGAAUAUCAAUGUGAAAACACGUUUUGUUGAAGGCGGUACUUUUUACUCCCUUUAAGUGCUUUAACAGGAUAUAUGUUUGAUUUUCCUCAUAUCUUAUUUACCUAGGAGCAUGUCAGAGAAAGAAGGGAGAGAAAAGGUUGCAUCUGCAGGAUGCCUUGAUAACUACACAGUCCAAAAUAAAAGGCCUUUUUCUAACCUACCUCUAAUGGGGUUAUCAGAUAUGUUUUUAAAUCUCUCGCCCUGAGUACUCUUCUUAGGAGUUGCUGCUGUUUACAGCAACAAUCUCAUCUAUCACUAAAUAUGAAACUGGGCCAAGGGGAAAAUUCAGUAAGUUAGCAUUAAAUGGAAAUAAAUAUAUGUAUACCUAAGAGAAUGUCAAAAUAAACACCAAACCAAAAGAAGGUAGGAGUGCCAUUUUUAGAAAAGACACAACUUUAAUUCCUGUCAAGAGACCUAGGUCUACUGAUGGCAGUCACUGCAUUGUACAUUAUUCCAGUUCUUCAGUAAUUGUUUAAACUGUGAUUUUCUUUAUUGUGUUGGUGCAAUAUUUUAUUAUCAUUUAACCUCAGGAUAUGCAGACCAACAGGAUUGUGUUGCUGCUAAAAGUCUGAGCAGUGUUUUACUGUCCCCAGCUCCCCUCCUACAUGGUCACAUGUUCACUUGCUUUUCCUUCCAUCUGUUGGUUUUUUGAGCUGAGAGCAUCUCUGGACAUGUGGAAGGGAGCCAGGGAUUCCUGUGAUAGAGAUUUUGAACCAGCAGAGUACUUUGGUUUUCUUCAUGUCCUAAGGGUUUGAUCUAGAAACCCUGGUGCUUCCCCUGCAGAAUACUGUACUUCAUUUAACAGAAUGAUUGAUUUUUCUUUCAAUCAGCAUGUUCACCAAAAAUAGAAAAGUUCUUCUAAGGUUAAAUUUUGUAUUUAAAAGUUAGUUGGCCAUUUGAUCAGGGAAUUUUCUACACACAUUAGGCAAAGGUAUGCUCUUCACCCUCUGGGCUUACCUCUCCUCUGCAAUCAUGGAAGUAUCGUGCAUAGUUCUUUCAUUGUAAGCCGCUAUUUAAAUUCCCACAAUGCAAAACUGUUAGACCAGUAAUUGUGCUACUGAAAUUGUCACAAAACGUUAUUCCUUGAUUUGGUUUUUAAAUUUUGCUUUUGUGUGUGUGUGUGUCUUUAAACAGGUAAUGUGUAUUUAAGUGUUGUCUAAACAGUUGAUUUUUACUUUAGAAAAGAUCAUCUUCAACUGUUUAUUGACUUCUGAGUUAUAGUUCAUGCCUUGUCAAGGCAUUGUUCAACUCCAUGAUACUAAAACAUAAUGAAAGAAACAAACUCCAGUAUGGAGAGAGAGAAAGUUUAAUUAUUUGGUUCCAUCUAGGAAAGCAACUACUUAAAGGAAUCGUUCACUAGGAUUAUCACCUUUAUUAGAUAAAUCAUGAAGUGUCCCUGUGAAAUUGAAGUGAAACUAUCUCUGUAGGACUUAAGAGAAUAGCUAAAAGGUGUGACUUGCCUUAUUGAACUGAUACUGGCAUAUCUGACCGUAAGCAGUAGGUUGAAGAUAUCAUUUUAUGAAUGUGGAGAAUUCUACAUUGAAACAGAAAAUACCUGGGAAUGAAGAUUAAAAAUGUAGCUGCUGUUAUUUGCUUGGUUAUUCCCCUCUUGCUCUUCUUUAGUUUGAAAAAACAAAAACGUGGCCUUGGAAUUUUCAUUUUGAUGCAGAAAUUUUGAAAUUGAAAAUGUGCAUGUUUUGGUGCACAAAAUCCUUCUGUGAGCAAAACUCUUUAUGUUUUUGUUUUGCACAGUAAGAAACAAUAGGCAAGGGUUAUGUUUUUGUUAACUAUGAAAGCUUUCUUAUUUUUAUUAUUAAAAAUGUAACAAUUUAACCUACAGGAAAAAAAAAUACUUUGUACGCUUGUUUGAACCCUAUGGGUUCGUUUUAUUAAUAAAAUUAUUACACUAAUGC